AUGGGUGUUGGAAUUUCUGUGCUUAUAGGCCUAAAGUCAGUAACUUUAUUCAUAUUAUUUGCAACUCUCAAGAAUUAUGGGUACCCAUUAUUGUCAAUACCUUGUUUGUAUGCAUCAUUGGUAUCUCUAUUGGUAGCAUUAGCUGCUAACCCUUCAAUUGAUCUUCCAAUUCUUUUGGGGAAAAACUCAGAUGGGACAUUUCCAAUUUGGUCACUUGUUAUGUUUAGUCCUUACUUGUAUUUUGUUAGGGGGUUUUCAGCUUUGAGAAGAAUGAAGAGUGGGGAACCUCCAUAUAGUGAGAUUUCUGAAGGGUUGUAUGUUGGGGGUUGGCCUUGUUCACUUGAUAAAUUGCCACCUGGUAAUCCUGCUAUUAUUGAUUGUACUUGUGAGAUUCCUAGGAUGUUGGAGUUUACUGGAAAUCAUGCAUUUUUGUGUAUUCCAACUUGGGAUACUAGGUCACCUCAGCCAGCUGAUAUAGAGGUUGCUGUUAAGUGGGCUUGUAGAAAAAGAGCUCAAAAGAUACCUGUUUUCAUCCAUUGUGCAUAUGGUAUGAUUGUGAACUUUAAAACUUCUGUUUCAGAUAAAUGCUUUAGUUAA